AUGGAGAAUGAGCAGCUGCAGGUCCCGCCUCCCUCCAGCAGCACCAGCAGCACCAGCACUGCCAGCAGCAGCAGCAGCAGUAACGGGCGCCAGCCGGGGCCCCAGAUCUCUGUGUACAGCGGGAUCCCAGACCGCCAGACCGUCCAGGUGAUCCAGCAGGCCCUGCACCGGCAGCCCAGCACCGCGGCACAGUACCUGCAGCAGAUGUACGCGGCACAGCAGCAGCACCUCAUGCUGCAGACGGCCGCCCUGCAGCAGCAGCACCUCAGCAGCGCCCAGCUCCAGAGCCUGGCGGCCGUGCAACAGGCGAGUCUGGCUGCUAACAGGCAGGGCGGCUCCUCCGGCAGCAAUGCUCCCGCACAGACACCAUCCCAGCAGCCCACGAUAAACCUGGCCACGUCCCCUGCUGCCGCCCAGCUGAUCAACCGAGCUCAGAGCGUGAACUCUGCAGCCGCCUCAGGCAUCACCCAGCAGGCUGUACUCCUGGGGAAUGCCACCUCCCCCGCCCUGACGGCCAGCCAGGCCCAGAUGUACCUCCGGGCCCAGAUGCUGGAAGUGAGCGGGGGCCGAAUGCAGAGGGGGAGGGGCCCCCAGCGUUGGCUCCAGAGCCCCUCCCGGGCCUCCCCGAUACCCCAGCAGGAGCUGCUGUUGCCCCGGGGCACCCCCGCUCGGGCCCAGCAAAGUAACCUUGUGCAAGUAGCUAGGAGCCUAGGCCGUGCUGUUCCUUUAUCCCCCCAGCUCAUCUUCACUCCUACGGCCACAGUCACCGCGGUGCAGCCCGAGGGCAGCGCAGCCCCCACCUCCCAGCCAUCCACCACCACUGCUCAGGUCCAGAAUUUGGCCAUAAGAGCCCAGCAGACAGUAGCACAAGGAGUGGCUUCCUCCCAAGCCCAGCAGCUCCCCACCCUGGCCAUGAAGCCAGCUCCAAGCAGCAGCCAGCCGGCCUGCAACACUUCUCAGGGCAAGGCCGUGGGGCCAGCUCCCUCUGCGGGCACCAAGGGCAGCCAGGCUGAGCAGGGAGCAGAGCACCUUAAAAAGGGAGACGGCGGCGUGCCCACCAGCAUGGACAGCCGAGGGCACCCCAUGAGCCGGACGGUGACACCGGUGACCACCCACCCACUCAUCGCCCCAGCGUACGCCCAGCUGCAGCCCCACCAGCUCAUUCAGCAGCAGAAGCAGAUCCAGCACCAGUUUGUGAUCCAGCAGCAGCAGCUCCAGCCCAGGCCCCAGCCUCAGCUCAUCCAGGGCGGUGCCAACACCUCACCCCAGCUGCAGCCACUGCCCCCGCCCACACCCAGCCUGGCGGUGCAGCCCAGCCCGCAGGUGCAGGGCCAGAGCCACACCGCCCCACAGGGCCCAGCCCCCCUGUGCCACCCGCCGCCGUGCCAAGCUUCCAGUCAACACAAACCUAGUGCCAACCAGCCAUACCAGCCCACUCUGCACGCCCCUGGGCUCCAAGCUGUGGGCCCAGCCCAGCCAGCGCCUGAGGGCGGGCCUCAGAAUGGACACCCCGGGUGCCUGAACCAUGCCACGCAGCGCAAGUUCCAGCAUGCCUCAGCCGUGAUCCUGCAGCUCCAGCCAGCCAUCGGGACGCCUCCGCUCAGCAUCCAGGAGAAUGCCAGGAAAGACAUCCUUCCUGCUGAGAAGCACCCGGAAAGCCUGCCAGCUCAGCAGCCGCAGCCGCCACAGGCUGCCCUGAUGCCCCCAACUGCACCCCCAGACCCAGAGGUCUCUGAGGGCAACAGGCCCCCUACUCAUGAGCCGGGACAGGACCGUGUUCAUGUGCAGAACGACCCCAGCAGCCCCGGCAUGACAUCAGGGAACGGAAACUCUGCCUCUACUGUCGCUGGCACUGCCCCCCAGAAUGGUGAGAAUAAACCACCACAGGCCAUUGUGAAACCCCAAGUCCUGACGCAUGUUAUCGAAGGGUUUGUGAUCCAGGAGGGGGCAGAGCCGUUCCCGGUGGGGCGCUCUUCACUGCUCGUGGGGAAUCUCAAGAAGAAGUAUGCCCAGGGCCUCUUGGCUGAGAAACUCCCACAGCAGGACAAUACAACCACCACUGACUCUGAAAUGGAGGAGCCCUAUCUGCAAGAAUCCAAAGAGGAGGGGAACCCCCCGAAGCUGAAGUGUGAGCUCUGUGGCCGCGUUGACUUCGCCUACAAGUUCAAGAGGUCCAAACGCUUCUGCUCCAUGGCCUGUGCCAAGAGGUACAACGUGGGGUGCACGAAGCGGGUGGGGCUCUUCCACCCUGACCGCAGCAAGCUCCAGAAACCGGGGGCGGCAACGCACGGGCGCCGUCGCACCUGCAAGGGAGCCUUACCCGUCCUCAGCAAGGACACCAAGAAACAGACGCCGGUGUCCCUCUCCACGGGCUCGGUGCCACUCUCCGUCACAGCCUCACUCCAGCUCAACCGCAGCCAGGAGGAUUCCAGCCGCUGCUCCGAUAACUCGAGCUACGAGGAGCCGCUGUCGCCCCUCUCGGCCAGCUCGUCCACCUCACGCCGGCGGCAGGGCGAGCGCGACCUGGAGCUGCCCGACAUGCACAUGCGGGACCUGGUGGGCAUUGGGCACCACUUCCUGCCCAGCGAGCCCACCAAGUGGAAUGUGGAGGAUGUCUAUGAAUUCAUCCGCUCCUUGCCAGGGUGCCAGGAGAUCGCGGAGGAGUUCCGCGCCCAGGAGAUCGACGGGCAGGCCCUGCUGCUGCUGAAGGAGGAUCACCUCAUGAGCGCCAUGAACAUCAAGCUGGGCCCGGCGCUGAAAAUCUAUGCCCGCAUCAGCAUGCUCAAGGACUCCUAGAGGCGCCCGCAUGCGUGGCAUGGGCAGCCCCCCUG